AUGGAAAACUUCACCUCGGCUCCUCAGACGAACCAAACUCUGGGGAUUUGGACGGACUACAGCAUCCAGUACAAAGUGAUCAGCAGUUUGCUGCUGUUCGUGAUCUGCGCUUUGGGGAUCGUUGGCAACGUGAUGGUGAUCCUGGUGGUCCUCACCACCAAACACAUGCGGACUCCCACCAACUGCUACCUGGUCAGCCUGGCGGUGGCGGACCUGAUGGUGCUGACGGCGGCCGGGCUGCCCGCCAUCACCGACAGCAUCUUCGCGUCCUGGGUGUUCGGACACUACGGCUGCCUGUGCAUCACCUACUUCCAGUACCUCGGCAUCAACGCGUCCUCCUGCUCCAUCACAGCCUUCACCAUCGAGCGCUACAUCGCCAUCUGCCACCCGAUCAAAGCCCAGUUUCUGUGCACGUUGUCCAGAGCCAAGAAGAUCAUCGUGCUGGUCUGGGCUUUCACCUCCGUCUACUGCGUCAUGUGGUUCUACCUGUCGGACAUCCAGCAGCUGGUCUACGACAACGUCACCGUGGUCACCUGCGGCUACAGGGUUCUCAGGAAGUUCUAUCUGCCCAUUUACUUCUUCGACUUCGGCGUGUUCUUCGUGCUGCCGCUGCUGCUCUCCGCGGUUCUGUACGGACUCAUCGCAAGGAUCCUGUUCCUCAACCCGCUGCCCUCCGACCCCAAAGACAAGAAGAAGAACGGACACAACAACCACGUCGGCAGCAAGGGCGGCAGCUGCAAGAACUCCAGACACUCGAGCUCCACGGCCACGUCCCGCAGACAGGUGACCAAGAUGCUGGCGGUGGUGGUGGUCCUGUUCGCCGUGCUCUGGAUGCCCUACCGCACCCUGGUGGUGGUGAACUCCUUCCUGGAACCGGCCUACCUGGACAGCUGGUUCCUGCUCUUCUGCCGGAUCUGCAUCUACCUCAACAGCGCCAUCAACCCGGUCAUCUACAACGCCAUGUCGCAGAAGUUCCGCGCCGCCUUCCGCAAGAUCUGCGGCUGCGGCGGGAAGUCGUCAGACAAGCCGGCCGCCUACAGUGUGGCGCUCACCUACAGCGCCGUCAAGGACACGUCGAUGGUGGAGAGCACCGACCACUUCACCACCGAGCUGGAGGAGCUCACCGUCACCGACGACCUGCUGUCCGAGCAGAAGAUGAUGUUCUCGGACCCCUGCGUGUACGGCAAGGUGGACUUCAGCGACGCCUGA